AACCUUCAUCCAAGUAUAGAUACCACGCCUCCAGACCACACCAGAGCGUAGCGCCUUUCUCCCGCAGCAGCCAUGGCGGGCAUGCCGCGCUUGGUUCCUGCUCACGUGGCGGAGAACGUCGUCCGCCUAUACCGUGACUGUCUUCGCAUGGCGGAUUACCUCACUCACUCGAGGGGUCGGGGGCCGUCAGUGAGGGAGCACAUCCGCAGCGAGUUCAGGAAGCAUGCGCACGAGACAGACCCCGCCAAGAUAGCGGAGCUCAAGGAAAGUGCGGUGAGAGCUUUAUCCAACUACAUGAUAUAUGAGGCAGGCAACUUAGCACGGCGAGGCAAGAUACUGCGCCCCAGAUGAUCACAACAUACUCCACCUUACUGAGUGUCACGACUCAGAACGAUACUGGAUGCUGACAAGAGAUUCCGCCUUACUGAGUGUCACGAUGCUGCGUUCUACAUGAUGAGAGAACACUCCGCCCAACUGUGUCACAAUACUGUGCUCGGGAUGAUGCUGCAUGCAUUUGAGGUCGCAUGAGCUGUGGCCGUAGCUGCAUGCCAUGUCAGAAAAGUAACAGUAGCCUUCAUAAUGAUUGAGGCUGCUCUGGUGGGAAAAGACCAGUGGGUGCUAGAAUACCACAUGACCAUAGCUGUUGACAA